CAUUGGGCAGUAGCAAGCACUUUAACAGUAUCAGCAGUAGUUUUUCGCGCGGGUUAGGUGUAUCUUUUUAUUUUUUGGGUGUGAUAGGCGAAUUUGUAGUUAUAAGCACGUGAAGGAAAUAGCAAAAAUGCCGCCUAAAAAACGGGACAAAGAUCUUGAAAAUCAAAAACCACCACGAAUGGAUCAAAUUCAAGCAGAUCACGAGCUAUUUCUGCAAGCAUUCGAAAAACCAACACAGAUUUAUCGUUUUCUACGCACACGGAACCAAAUUUCACCAAUAUUCUUAUAUAGAAAUUUGACAUACAUGAAAGAACGUAUGUCAAGAACUCAUAAAACUCGACAUGGAUUCAAAAUUGAUACAAUUCUAGAAAAAAUAAUGAUAAAAAAUAAUCUUGAACAAAAUCCAGGUCUACGUGGCUAUAUGACUCUUACCUUUCUGGGUUUUUAUGAUAAAAAAAUAGAAACAUUGCAAGAUUCUGUUAAAGUCGAAACUCUCUUGUUAAAAAUAUCUCACAAGAAACGUAAAGACGUGAGUUCACCAAUAUUACAGGUAUCUGUGGGAACUAGUGAAGUUCCAAUAAAUCCAUCAGAAAAUCAUCCUCCACCAAAAGCACCUACUGUUUCUAUACCUAAUGAAUCAUUCAAUUUGAACAAUGGCCAUAUUGCAAAAACUUACAUGCUGCUUUUAAGAGUUUACUGUGUAUCUAACAAUGGCUGCCUUAUAAAUAACUGUGAUUUAGAUUCAGAGCCAGCACAAAAAAGGCGGAAAUCUUCGCCCGCUAAUUACAAAAAUUGUGGAGAAGAAAUGAAACUUUAUGGCUCAGAAUUAAUUGUAUAUGAUAAACAUAAUCGCUGUUUAUUAACAGAUGGAGAUUAUGAAUUAGGAUUGCAAGAAGUUCAAACAAAUGUUAAAUCAAGUCCUAAGAAGCAUAGUUCUUGGGAAUCAAUUGUUGAUAUUAAAGAGUGUGGUCCUUUUGAAGUGUUCAGUCGAGGCCCGACGUUAAAAUUUAGACUUAGCUGGACGACAGAACCAAGUAAUGGUCUUGUCGAUCGACCUACACUCAUUCAUCCACUGCCUAAUGGUGAUAAUAAAGAAAAUCGUCCAGGAAACACUGAUCUGGAUCGUUGUGCCACAAAUAAUAAUAACAAUAAUAGUAAUAAUAACAACAAUAAUAGUAAUAAUAAUAGUAAUAAUAGUACGAGUAGUAAUACUAAUACGACACUGCCAAAUCCUAGUCUGUUGACACCGUCAAAGAUGUCUAGUACAGCUGAAAAAUGUGAUUCUGCAGAAGGGAUGCAACAAAUUGUUUAUCAAUUUUUAUAUAAUAAUAAUAGUCGACAGCAGACAGAGGCAUGCGAGGAUCUCCAUUGUCCUUGGUGUUCUCUGGAUUGUGGCAAAUUAUAUUCUUUACUGAAGCAUCUCAAACUCUGCCACUCACGAUUCACCUUUACCUAUGUGCCAAUACCACAAGGUGCACGUAUUGAUGUCGCUAUUAAUGAGUGUUAUGAUGGCUCUUAUGCUGGAAGUCCUCAUGAGCUUAUCUCUCAACCUUCUGGAGUUGCAUUUUCACGUACUGGACCAACAAGACGGACUAGUGUAACAAAUAUAUUAGUAUGUAGACCAAAAAGACCAAAACCAAGUCUUUCAGAAUUUUUAGAUUUUGAUGAGAAUGAAUUUGAAACACAGAGACCUUAUAUAACUGGUCAUAAUAGGCUUUAUCAUCAUACAGUAACAUGUUUACCAAUAUAUCCAAAAGAAAUGGAUAUUGAUUCUGAGGGUGAAAAUGAUCCUAAAUGGUUGCAAACUAAAACAAUGAUGAUGAUUGAUGAUUUUACUGAUGUAAAUGAAGGAGAAAAAGAGCUUAUGAAAAUGUGGAAUCUACAUGUAAUGAAAUAUGGUUAUGUUGGAGACUGUCAAAUUCCACUGGCCUGUCAAAUGUUCUUAGAAUUUAAAGGAAAAGAACUAUUAAUGAAAAAUUUAUACCGUAAUUUUGUUUUACACAUGAGUAGUCUUUUUGAUUUUGGUUUAAUCAGUCCUGUGAUUUUAUAUCAAACUAUUCAAAAGCUACAAGAAAUUAUGAAAGAGGGCGGUGAAAAUGGGGAUAUCAGAAAAGUUUUGCAAAAAUCUCAUGAAGCUCAAGUAGAACAUUGGCUUUCAACAGGAAUGCAUAGUUCAUCAGAUAAUACAAAACCAAAUAGUAUGCCUAUCAAAACGCACUUCAACAAUGAAGUAUCAAAUUCCAAUGCCAGACGAAAAACCUCUUUACCACUAAGCUCGCCACCGGCUUCUCAAUCAGUUAAGACAGUUCACAAUACUGUAAGUAAGCAAGCAAGUAUGGGUAACACACCAUCGUCAAAAUUAGUUAUGACAAAUGGAAAUAAAAAUACUAACUCUUAUGCAGUUCAAAAUACAUCCAAUAAAAUAAAUGGCGAUGAUGUUGCUAUAACAAAUAGUAAUGGAACCAAAGUUUCAGAAAACGAUUCAAAUACAAAUGAAUCAUGUCAGAAUAACAGAAAAAAUGAACCACCAACCAGACGUAAAAGUACAAAUUCUAUUGUUGUAUCUACAAAUAAUGUAGCAUCUAUGAGAAGAAAAUCUAUGGCUAGCGAUAAUGUCAACAAUGAGUAUCACAGAAGAAAAUUAGUACUCGAUGCGAUACCGUCCGGUGGAGUUGUCAAUUCUAAAAUAUCUCAUAAUGACGAAAGCUAUUGAAAAUCGCUGGAAAUAAGUUUGAUAUAAAUUUAAAAUAAUAUUCAGUCAAACCUUCGAAAUUUUAGUCAUUCACAGCAGCUAAUUCUUUAAAAAAGGAUACAAUUAAUUAAGUUACUAUAAAUAUCGUCUUCUUCAGUUAUUACUGAAUAAGUAUGCAAGAGACAAUUAAUUCGAAAAGACUAAAAUUAAGAGUGUUUGACUGUAUCCUUUUCGAUUGCGGAAAUUGUACUUUUUUGUACAGUAUUUGUUGUGGAUAAUUAAUAUUGACAUCGUAGUGAUGAUAGUUUAUAAAAAA